UUCCCUUCCUCGUAUCCCCCACGCCAUUUGGAUUCAGUUUAUCGCGCAUAUCGCGAUCGAUUGAUAUCCGACAUACCGCCGGUCUCAUGAGGCCACAAUUGGGUUCCCUGCCGUGCAGGGCGCGCCUUCAGGCGUUAACCAUGCGAUCCCCGGUCCGCCAAACGAUAUGCGGCGCUCGCAGCUACGCGCGAACCUCCGAGUCCUUACGAGCGAAUCCCUUCCAGACGAGGAACCUUCGACCAGCCCUGCAGACGAAGACUAUCCCACGCGAUGCCCUGCAAACACGAGCAAUCACACAAAAAUACCUGAAGCGGCUGGAGGACGAAAAAAAGCAAUGGGCUGAGAUGGCGGAGGAGAUCAAAGCGGGAAAGAGGCAGAGCUUUUUGGAGUUUAUGGAAGAGCGAGGGCUCGUGCAUGAUGUUGUGGGUGAGCGAGAUCUGUUGCAUAGGGUUUUCACGGAGAAAAGAACGGGAAUUUACGUUGGUGUUGAUCCGACGGCUCCUUCGAUGCAUGUUGGCCAUAUGUUGCCUUUUAUGGUCCUGGCUUGGGGCUACGUUUGGGGAUUGCCCGUCACGUUUUUGCUGGGAGGCGCGACUUCGCGAGUCGGUGAUCCUACUGGGCGAUUGAAGGGACGGGAGCAAGUCCAUUCGUCGAUCCGCAAAGCGAACAUGGCUAGCAUGCACAUGCAGUUGAAGAAACUGGGCGCCAGCAUCGACGCAUACGGCCGGAGACACGGACACGAAAAGACAAAGGCCUGGAAGCGGUCUUUGGAAAACAACAACAUCUGGUGGAACGGCACACCUUUCAUUGAGGUCCUUCGCGACCUCUGCGUGCAUAUGCGACUCGGUCCCAUGCUCGGGAGAGAAACUGUGAAGAACCGCCUUGCCAACGGCGACGGAAUGUCUUUUGCUGAGUUCACCUAUCCUCUGUUGCAAGCCUGGGACUGGUGGACGCUCUUCAAGAAAGGCGUCCAGGUUCAAGUCGGAGGCUCGGAUCAGUAUGGAAAUAUCCUCUUUGGAAUGGAUGCUGUUAAAUCUAUUAGCAAAAACACCAGUCUGGAGCAAGUCCGCAACCCUUUGGACGAUGACAUUGACAAGCCCAUUGGGUUUACUACGCCGUUGUUGACGGCUCCGAAUGGUGAGAAGUUCGGCAAGUCCGCCGGCAAUGCUGUUUGGCUCGACAAAGACAUGACCUCGACAUUCGAGCUGUAUCAGUUCUUUGUCCGCACCCCCGAUGACGUUGUUGAGCGAUAUCUGAAGAUGUUCACCUUCAUUCCCACCCCUGAAAUCACGAAAAUCAUGGAGGAGCAGGUCAAGGACCCAUCCAAGCGAGUUGCACAGCAUGCCCUGGCAUCUGAGUUCGUCGAGCUCAUCCAUGGCAAGGCAGAGGCGGACGCUGUCGCUAUGCAACACCGUCAAUUGUUCCGAUCACGAUCUUCGAAGGCACCGCCGACACCCAUGCCAAAAACCUCCAGCCCUCCUGCCAGCCAUAUGCGCACGCAGGCCGCGUCUUUCGCUAACCCGCAAUCUGGGAAUAUUUAUGCCGCGCAAACUAACUUCGCUAACAUGCCGAGCGCCAAUGUUACUCUGCCCGAGUCGCUGGUAUACAACCAGCCAUUGCAUAAGGUUCUUUGGUCUGCAGGACUAGUGGCCUCGAAGACUGAGGGUCAUCGUCUCGCCACAAUGAAAGGUGCUUAUGUCGGAAGUCGUCCGGGGGACAGUGGUCCUAUGUCGGAUGACCUCGCCUUUACGCCUAUAUCGACGUGGCCUGGGGCAAAGACAAAGGAGUUCGUUGUGGAUGGCAACAUGCUGUUCCUGAAGCUGGGCAAGUGGAAAUUCAAGGUCGUGACGAUUGUCAGCGACGAGGAGUAUAAGAAGCUCGGCCUCAGCGCCCCUGGAUGGGAGCCGGAGAAGCCGGAAUUCGAGUCAACUGCUUCCGAUUCCACGAAGGAAUGAGGAUUGAAGGCGGGAUUUGAAGCAAAAAAACAUGGCGUGUAGAGAGCACUACCAACCGGUCAUACGCCGCCAUCCAUGUAUUAUUAGAUAGACAUAUGUAUAUAAUGAGACUGUAU